UGGCACAUGGAAAUAUCACCAUUAUCAUCACUUCACUCACAACUCAUAAACUCAUCACACACUUGAGACUUACUUGUUUACUUCAACUACCACAAUCAACAUGAAGUUUCUCAGCCUUCUCACUCUUGCUUCCUUUGCCACGGCCUCUCCUUUCCGCCGGCAGCAAACUGUCGCAGGAACCAUCAAGUCUUCAGUUGACAUUCUAUCUGGCUCAUCCGCGGUAACUCUGAACCAGAUCGAUGAAAACGUUGCUCUUAUCAAGAACAACGUAGAUGCGCAGGUUAUCGCACAAAUCCAAGCUGACCUCGAGGCCAAUUACCAAGCCAUCCUCCAAGGCCUGGCCGCUUCCACAACCACGAUUGUCAGCGUCACUACAGGAGCAGCUGGUGGUGUUGCGGCCCAAGCCAUUGGCCUCACCAACCAACAGAUCGUCACACUCACUGCCUCUAUCCUCGUUGUUAUCGACAUCCUUGAGAACCUCGGAGCCACUAUCUCCAUCACGGUCACAGACCUGACUCCCGCUCUAAGAGCUGCUUUCCAGUCUGAGAUCAACGCUGUCAAGGCUGCCAUCAAUCCCUUUGUUAGCCCUGUUCUCCUCCUCGCGGCUGCUGUACGAGCUGCGAAUAUUGGCGGCAGUGCCACUAUCACUGGCCUCGACAAUGCCAUUGUCAACCUCCUCAGAGUCCAAAGCCAGGUCGCGGCGUCCAUCGGCAUUCCUGCCCUUAGUCUCUAAGUUUGGACCCCCUUUUACGAAUGAAGUUAUGAGGAUAUUCUUUUACAAAUGAUGAAAGCAAUAUCAACCGUGCUUCCUACAACAAAAGCAAUGGUGCUAGCGCUAUAGCGAACGAUUACACACUCCUUGAUACUUAAUAUAGUAAAUUUUGUUUAUGAACUUUCUCA